AUACACCAUGUAAGUGAUUCUUCUUGUUUUACCAGGAACUUCUAACUUUGCUUUAGCGUUCUUAAGUUUAGAACCUAUAAGUGGUUAUAGUUUCUCGGGUGACAUUUCCCGUUACCCAAAUCUUGAAAAUAUUCUUUUUUGAAAAGCGAACGUACGACUCUAUUACAAUCCUAGCCUUCAAAUUUUCAGCUAUCGUACCUAUAUUGUCAUCCACUAAAACCCAACACACUGAGCAAAUCAUACUUAGGGAUGGUAAUGGAUCGGGUCGGAAACGAAUAGCGCAUAUCCAUUACCCUACCAAAAAUAGUUACGGUUUUACACGUACCCACACAAGAAUUGGAUCAAAUUAAGGGUAUCUACGGUUAUUCAUGGAUACCAAUUUUUCCUUAUAACUCCAACCAACAUAUUAAUAUUCACAUAUAUACUGACAUUAUAUCAAUCAAAAGUGUGAUAAUAAAUAUAAAAUAUGUUGAGAAAAAUAGUGACCAUUUAUAGAUAACAUACAUAUGCAUGUGUAUAAUCGGGCGGACUCGGUUUGGAUAGUAAGAGAAUAAUGCUCAUCCAUUAUCGUCAAUAACUGGAUUUUACACAUACCCACUGUAAAUCUUUCGAGUUUGAGUUUUACCCUAUCCGAUUAUAUUGGAUUUGGGUGGGUAUCCAUGAUUAUAGAUAUUUUUGUCAUCCCUAAUUAUAUCUGUGUUUAAAUCAAUAUGGAACUGAGUACAUUCCUACUGCUAGCUCUACGAAGCUUUAUACAUUGUUGGGCUUUCAACUCUGUCCCCUUAGAAUCCUCCCACAAGCCUGGCAAAGUUGUUCUGUAUAUUAUCUCAACCAUCUCAAUUACUCUUUUUGACAUAGCCUUUUGCAAUCUGGAUCUUUCAUGGCGAGCUGAUGGAGCAAGAGAUGGAACUGGAAUUGGAGAUCAGAAAGAGGAAUAGUGGAGGAAGAAGAAGAGAAAUUGAGUUUUAGUGGACAAACAGGAGGAAGAAGAAGGAGGUGGAGGAGGAGAGCAGAGGAAGAAAAAAAGAAAAUAAGAGGUAUGCAAUUAUGUUGCUAUUCGAUUAAUUCUCACAGUACACCAAGAUGCAGGAUUUAUGCCUUUUACAAUACUUGAAAUAGUCCAUCUAUUCCUGCUACUUACAACUAAAUCCUUUUCCUAAAUUGGUUUGUUACAACUCUCGGCCCCUUGAGAACAUACUUGUCUUUAAGUCCGAAACGAUACAAAAAAUAAACUCAACAAAACAGAGAUUUAGAGAGGCAGUGAGUUGCAAGAUGCAACUGUUGAUUCCUGCGUAUGGAGGUCUGUUGCUGAAAGGCUACCAAGAUCCCCUUGUGUCAUCUAGAAACUCAUGAUUAAUAAUUCCAAUAACAGUUAUUGAACCACAAAGGACCAUGAAAGCAUCUGAUGCCUUGCUUCAUCACCAUAAUUUGUCUCAUUGACCUCAAGUCCACAUGAUAACGAUGUAAUUGCACAUGUUUGCGCCCCUAGUUCUUAUCCGUUUGAGGGGCAUAUUCGUGUGUUGUGGCCUAUUUUAUGCUAGGUUGUGUUCCUUUGUCCCAUUUCAGUUCCUAGCACAUAAAGUGAAGCAUAGGCGCAAGUUUCAAGUCAAUCAGAGAUCAAUUGACGAUUCGAGAGAGGAAACUCGGGCAUGACCUGAAGAAGAAUGGAUUUCUACCUCACUUUAUGGACAAAGAAGCGUGCAAGCUUGUUAUGAAACGAAAGAGGACGAGACUACGAGCGUCUGGGUUCAAACGGCGACUGAUUCGGAGUCCGGACGAGGGAGAAACGAAGCAUUAAACAGAGGCUGAGCAAGCUGCACGGGCAGACCAGGGUGGCCACGCACGGCCGUGCAAGUGACCAGUUUGGCCGUGCGGGAUUGUGCGUGGGCACGCACGGGCACAAGUGAAAUCCGCACGGCCGUGCAACAUACAAUUCUGGCCGUGCGAGUUGGCUGAGGUUCAACUACUUGAUACGCCGCGUUUUGAGGUGCACGGCCAGAAUGGUGAUGUGCACGGCCGUGCACCCUGGCCGUGCGAGUCGGGAAUGGCUGUUUUUAACCCAAAUUCGAGCCAAAGGAGAGGGAGAGCUGGGUUUUGGAUCCCAAACACCCAAGGGACGAACCCUAGAGAGAGAGGGCGAUUUGAGGGCAUUCUUGGAGUAGAGAAGGAGGAUUUCUUCGCCUUGGAAGCUCGAGGAACAAGCCCGGACUUGAAGACUGAUCAUCUGAAUAUUCUUACUGCAGUCUCUCUCUUCUCUAUGGAGUAACUUCCCUUCACUUAGGUUUUGAGGAACCCUAGCUAUGUUUGUUUGAUUGGAUGAUUGUAUGAGUACUCUGACUUGAUAAUCUUGAGUUCAUAUUCAAUCUAUGCAUGUUUUCAUGAUUCAAUUCUGCUUUAGUCGAGAUUAUUGAUUCUGCUUUGAUUCUAUGAGAGGGAAUACCUGAUUAGGUCAAUAGAGCACCAUAGAUUGAUAGUAGUGGAUCGAUUGCUUUAGUCGAGGGUUGAUUCACUGCUUUGUAUCGAUUGAGAACCUCUUUCGAUAGAGGGAGUCUAGUUCAGAACGCCUUGAUCAGUUGUUCUAGAGAAGGAUACGUCCCUCUAGGCAAUUGACUCAAGAGGGCCUUGUUCCUUUUAGUCGAGACUCAAGGUCUAGUCAAGGAUUCUCCGCAUUGUGAAUGAAAGUGAAACAGGUUAGAGAUCAUCAAUCAUUAAUCUGGCUAGUGGCUAGGGGGAAUCAUACCUAAGUGAGUUCCCAACCUGUAAUUAGAUUAACUUUAACUGUAGUUUGCUAGAGUAGUUUUAGUUCUUUCAUCUUAAUCUGAUUUGCUAAAUAAUAAACUGAAGCUGAGUAAUAGUAACUCUAGAGACCCGUGGAUUCGAUAUUUAUCACUUGAGCCACUAUACUGCAGUCCCUUUCAUUGGUUACACUUGGCCUUUGUUAGGUGUUGUGUUUUAGAGCACCAAGUUUUUGGCGCCGUUGCCGGGGACUUUCUAGAGUAUUAGGAAAGGCAGAAGUUUGUUACUUUAGCAUUUUUCUUUUCUUUUCUUUUCCACCCUUGCUUUUCACUUGGGUGUUUUUGUUUUUGUUGGUGCAGAUCUGAAUCAUGGAUCCUAAUGGCUUCUCCAAUCAUUGGGGGUAUCCACCACCAUCUGGGUGGUAUUACCCCGAGACUCCCUGGAGCAAUCAAGGCGGAGAAGACUAUGGAUUCGGGUUCCAGUACCAACCCCCCUACUACGAAGAACAACCGGACCCCUGGGCAUAUCAAGAACAACCUCAUUAUCAAGAAGAAUUUCUCCCACAACCAGAAGGGCCAUCGGCGCUGGAGUUACUCAUGGAGCAGUAUGCUCGAGACUGUGAGAGAACAUGCUCCAGGAUGGAUCAGUGUGUCCAGGCCUAUCGUGAAACAGAUGAGAUCCUCCUGAGCCUUAAGAAGAGCGUCGAUGAUCUUGAGCGAUCUUGGGCGCAACCUGCUCCAGAUCACCCUUCUGCUACCAUACAAGAAGAGGAGGAGGAAGAAGAAGGCUACAAGGGCAUUGUGGAACACACUGAAGUUGUCACGGAGAGCUCCCGUGAUGAUCAUGAUCAGGCCUGUCAUGUCGUAGUCGACCACACCUUCCCACACCCCAAACUGAGCUUUGAAGAGGCGGGCAUGAGUGAGGAGAUGCAAGAAGAUCUCAUGAAAGAAAUUGCUUGGCAACUUGCUCUCCAAUCCGUGCUAGAAGAAGAAGAGCAAGAAAGGGUGCAGAAAGAAGUUGUGGAGGAUGACAAAAGUGAAGCAGGAGGAGUUCUUGAUCAUUUCCCAGGGGUGAUACCACACGAACAAGUAAGGGAGGUUGAAGAAGCAAUUGGCGUCCAGGCUGAGGACGGAGUUAAGGUGGAAGAGGCCUGCACCGGCCAUGAGUUACAUGUGAUAUCUCCACCAAACUUUGAGGAACUGCUUGGCAAGGACCCAUUUGCAGUGUCUCUUUGCCAGACCAAGGCCACCUCGACAUCGGUCCCUCUUGGUGGACGCGAUGGUGGCCAAUCAAUGCUGUCAUAUCUGGUUUGGGGCAAUGAGACGAGAGAAGAGAAGGAGAGGUCUCGAGGGUGGAGACUUCAUCUGCAUCAAGUACACGAGCUUCCAUCACCUGUCAUACCACAUGCUCGUGACUUGAGACUCCACCUCAUCGACGAGAACCUCAACUUCAAGGAGGUUCUAGCAUGGACCGAAACUUAGGAGCCAUCGUCCGGCUCACGACGUGAAAGAAGCGCUUGUUGGGAGGCAACCCAACCAGUCGGUUUGCAUCUCUUUCUCUAUUUCUCCUCGGUUGAGUCAGUUUUGUUAUUUGAUUUUAGAGUCAAUAACUCAACCUUUGUGAGAUUUUGUGUGGUGUUUGUGUUCUGAUUACUCUCUCUUUCUGGAAUGCACCGCCUGACCCGUACAUCAUCAUUCACCCUUGAUCUGGUAACUUCGUUCUACCCUCCUUAUCUUUCCUCCAUUGAGGACAAUGUCGUGCUUAAGUGUGGGGGGAUGUUCGAUUAUGUAUGCGGGUGAAUGUUUGGCUGUUUGUGUGCUUGGAGCCUAGUCCACUGUCCAAAUUUUUAAAUUUGAGGGCUCCAAGUACGUGUUCCAUGCAAUUGCCUGCUCAGUAUGCUUUGAAUUGACAGUCUUUACAGUAAUAUGCAACCUAGGGAGGUAGUGUAGCACUAUGGAGGAUGUUGAUGCAUUUAAGAAGUCUCAUGUCUUCUUCAUAUUGAGUUGGUUGAUUGAGUGAAUUAGUGAUCUUAGGACCCUUGAAUUGUGUGGUGUUGUGGAUUUUCUACCUGUCAUGGACUCUUGUAUCAUGUUUUGAAAAUAACAGGUGCUCGAAAAUGUGCUUCAAAAUAAACGUCUCCCGUGCGAAUAGGGCGAAAGUGUGUAAGGGGAGACGGGAAUCCGUUCCCAAUUUCCACCUACUACCUCCAGCCCCCUUACAUGUCUUUCCCCCGCACGAGGCUCGAGACAUCCGCUCCUGGCAUGGCCGGUAAGAGCAGGUUGGGACCCUUGAAAAGAAAAAAAGAAAAGAAAAAUAACAGAAAACAAGCAAAACAGAAAAAAGGGGUUCCAACCAUCUUCAAAGAAAAUCGAGCACCUUGAAAAAUGUGAGUCCAUGAUCUUUUGUUUUUGAGAAUCUCUUCAUCCACAAUUCAUUUAUCCUCUGUUCACUGUUUGCCAUGAUGCCGACUGACCGAAGAAGCUAUGAGAUGACUUGUGCGUCGGUUGACCUCGUAAGCUGCUAAAUGAUCUAGGAAGUCCUCUACCUAUGAUCUAUGUUGUUUGUUGCUAUAGAGGUCUGGAGAGUUGCAUUGGUUUGAGUUAGGUUUGCUUGGGGACAAGCAAACGGUUAAGUGUGGGGGAGUUUGAUAACGAUGUAAUUGCACAUGUUUGCGCCCCUAGUUCUUAUCCGUUUGAGGGGCAUAUUCGUGUGUUGUGGCCUAUUUUAUGCUAGGUUGUGUUCCUUUGUCCCAUUUCAGUUCCUAGCACAUAAAGUGAAGCAUAGGCGCAAGUUUCAAGUCAAUCAGAGAUCAAUUGACGAUUCGAGAGAGGAAACUCGGGCAUGACCUGAAGAAGAAUGGAUUUCUACCUCACUUUAUGGACAAAGAAGCGUGCAAGCUUGUUAUGAAACGAAAGAGGACGAGACUACGAGCGUCUGGGUUCAAACGGCGACUGAUUCGGAGUCCGGACGAGGGAGAAACGAAGCAUUAAACAGAGGCUGAGCAAGCUGCACGGGCAGACCAGGGUGGCCACGCACGGCCGUGCAAGUGACCAGUUUGGCCGUGCGGGAUUGUGCGUGGGCACGCACGGGCACAAGUGAAAUCCGCACGGCCGUGCAACAUACAAUUCUGGCCGUGCGAGUUGGCUGAGGUUCAACUACUUGAUACGCCGCGUUUUGAGGUGCACGGCCAGAAUGGUGAUGUGCACGGCCGUGCACCCUGGCCGUGCGAGUCGGGAAUGGCUGUUUUUAACCCAAAUUCGAGCCAAAGGAGAGGGAGAGCUGGGUUUUGGAUCCCAAACACCCAAGGGACGAACCCUAGAGAGAGAGGGCGAUUUGAGGGCAUUCUUGGAGUAGAGAAGGAGGAUUUCUUCGCCUUGGAAGCUCGAGGAACAAGCCCGGACUUGAAGACUGAU